AUGCCGGAACUGACCAUGUCGGAAGAGGUGCAAGGAGAUGACCAAACAACUGGAUCCUUCGGAUAUGAGUCCCUACUCACGGCAACGAUGUCGCGAUGGUCAGAAACGGAAGAGCGGGUGUUGAAUGAGCAUGAGGACGAGAUGACAGCGAUGGGAACGUUGGAACCGUCAACUUCUACCAUCAGCGGCGGGGCGUUCUUGACUCUUAAGGAAGAUGGAACCUGCCGCAUGGUGUUUUAA